AUAGGAAUUUAAUGACUGACAAUGGCAGAAAAAAUUGUAGAGAAGUUAGAAAUUCUAAACCAGCAAGCAAAGAUACUCUUGGCCAGAAGAAUAAAGAAAAACAGUGUUCAGGGUUACGUAAAGAGGAAGACUUGUGUUAGACCCCUCACAUUUGAUUUCCAGUUGGAAUCCAAAGAGGCUAUUACUCCUACAUCCACAUCUAUGACAGUAUCACAGAGCAGAGAAGACAAGCCACAUGGUACUACAAAAACUAAAAGGUAUGUCUCUUUCAAAAAUGAGCCUGAACCCAGAAAGAGUGAUUUUGAGAAGUUAAAUUUAAGAUUACAUGCUGCGCCAACAAAUACAAAAAAUCAAGAAAACAAGUCAAUGGAACUACCAGAAGAAAAUCGAAAAUCAAGAUAUGAUAGAUAUUUUCUUUUUCUUAAGGAUACAGAUGAGGUAGACUAUGCUAAGCCCUUACAGUAUCUAUUUUCACCGCAUAAACAAGAAUAUAAAAGAACAUUGGGUUCUACAAUCUCUUCUCCUAUGCCCAGCAUUCAAUCUAAUGCUUAUAAGAAGGAAAAAGUUGCUGCUUUAUUUGAAGGUCAAACUGAAAAAAAACCUGGGGAAUUGGUUGUUCACUUAGAAGAUUAUGUAAAUGAAAGAAGAAAAUCUCCUCCACAGAUGAAUGAUUUUUGUACAAAAGAAAAUAAACCUGUCAGAAUUGAUCCAUUAUGUGAGUCUCAUGCAGUAGGAAAGAAAAGCUUGCUCCCCUUAUGCUUUGAGGAUGAAUUGAAAAAGCCAGGUGCCAAGAUAAUCAACAUUAGUCCGGCAAAGACAGUAACUGAUCACAAGAUGAAUGAUUUUUGUACAAAAGAAAAUAAACCUGUCAGAAUUGAUCCAUUAUGUGAGUCUCAUGCAGUAGGAAAGAAAAGCUUGCUCCCCUUAUGCUUUGAGGAUGAAUUGAAAAAGCCAGGUGCCAAGAUAAUCAACAUUAGUCCGGCAAAGACAGUAACUGAUCACAAGGAUAUCCAGACUUUGAAAUUUGUGUUUGUAAUCAGUUAUGUCUCUUAUGACCUUUGA